AAAGUUAGAAAUGGAAAACAUUCGUGCUUCUUCAGCACGCUUUUAGCGAGCAGAUCUUCGAGUAAAGCCCUGGGUUGCGUCGCAAGCGUGUAGCACCGAGGUUCUGUUGUAAAAAUGCCAAUUUUGUGUUCUCCUGACUUGUCGGCGGAUAUGAUCUCAGCCUUGAAUGCAGCCCGAGACGGAUUCUCACACUUAUGAGUCGCUUUCUAAUUCGGCAUACAUAAAAUCUAUUUAGACAUUCAUUUUUUGACCAAAUUUUGACAGUCACAUCAUCAUGAGUAAGAGGAAGGCCAGAGAUGCUCAUCUGCCUGUAGGGGAAUGCAUCAAACAGGUUCAGCAGAUUUUAAGGGAGCGAUUUUGUGAGAGGCGGCUCCCUGACAGACUAGAGGGAGUAGAAGCUCAGUACAAACACCUCCUGGAGCUGCUGAGGCGGACGGCGAUCCACGGGGAGAGUAAUUCUGUGCUAAUCGUGGGUCCCAGAGGAGCAGGGAAAACGACGCUGCUGCAGUGCGUGCUGAGAGACCUGCAGAAAGAGGAGAAGGUGCAGAAGAACCUUCUUCAGGUUCACCUCAAUGGUCUCCUGCAGACUGAUGACAGAAUAGCGCUGAAAGAAAUAACCAGACAGCUCCACCUGGAAAACGUUGUUGGAGACAAAGUGUUUGGAAGCUUUGCUGAAAAUCUGGCUUUCCUCCUGGAGGCAUUAAAAAAAGGCAAUCGCAGCAGUAGCUGCCCAGUGUUGUUUGUCCUGGAUGAGUUCGACUUAUUCGCCCACCACAAGAACCAGACUCUGCUCUACAACCUGUUUGACGUCUCACAGUCCGCCCAGGCUCCCAUCGCCGUGGUUGGCGUCACCUGCAGACUGGAUGUUCUGGAGCUGCUGGAGAAGCGGGUGAAGUCGCGGUUUUCCCACCGUCAGAUCCACCUGCUGAGCAGCCUCAACUUCACCCAGUACCUGGAACGGGUUUGGACGCAACUCAGCCUGCCGGACAGCUUUCCUGACAAGAAGUUCGCUCAGGAGUGGAACGCUGGUGUAAAGACUCUGUGUGAGGACAAAUCUGUGGAGGAAGUCCUGCAGAGACACUUCAACUCUAGCAAAGACUUUCGCUCUCUGCACAUGCUGCUGAUGUUGUGCCUGAGUCGCGUCUCUGUCGCCAAACCUACCAUCAAACCAGCCGACCUGCUCGAGGCCAGCCGGAUGUGUUUUGCUGACACCACGGCUAACAUGCUCCAUGGUUUGUCCAUCUUGGAGCUGUGCCUGGUCAUCGCCAUGAAGCACCUCAAUGAUGUGUAUGAAGGAGAGCCAUUUAACCUUCAGAUGGUCCAUAAUGAGUUUAAGAAGUUCCUGCAUAGGAAGUCCAACUCCAUGUACAACUUUGAGCAGCCUGUUGUCAUGAAGGCGUUCGAGCACCUGCAGCAGCUGGAGCUGAUCCGGCCUGUCGAUGGUUCCUCGGCCAAAGUCCAGAGGGAGUACCAGCUCAUGCGGCUCACCCUGGACCACAGCCAGAUCAUGGAGGCCCUGCAGAAGUACCCACAGUGCCCCACUGACAUCAAGCAGUGGGCCAUGUCGGCGUUUGGGUAGAGCUUCAGAACAUUUAGAAUUCAGAGUCUGUGAAGCUUGUUUUGACUUGGACUGAAGAGCUGAAGGUUUGCACUGCUGCCUACUGUAAACGAUCACAAAAUAAAAGGAAAUGAAGAGUUUGGCAUUGGUGCGAUCAAAUGUUUCACCCUCUAAGCAGUUAAAGAGGUUUAUGCUGCAGAUAGAUCCCCCCCUUACCUAAUACAAAAACUCAGCUUAAUGUGCAUGUGUCAUUUGAUCAAUAGUAGGAGUUAACAACCCAUAAAAGUCAUCAAGCGUCCAGCUUUCAUCAUUUUCAGGUCAUGGGCAUCAGGCUGCUGAAUGCUGCUAUCUAGUGGUGAUUUCAUGCAGUUGACAAUAACCUGGAUAAAAGUUGUAGUUUUGAUUUCUUGGUUUUACAGAGUUUAUGCACAAUGAUCACCUGACUGGUCUGCACCCAAAAUGUGCUUCCAGUCGGGGUCAUAUCUGUCAUUUUAUAGAGGCAGCAGUGUGACUCCUGAUGGACCGUGAGCUGAAUGAAGAUUCACCUUAGUGGCAAUAAAAAGAACUCAUUUAAUUA